CAGACACCAUCAAAUCUGUUAUAUAAUUAUAUUCGAAUGUCAAGCCUUUGGUCGUGAUAGUUGUAGUAGUGGUAGUGAUGGUGAAUUGAUGUCCUCCUUUUAUUCCCACUAAAUCAUCCUUUUGGAUCGACCAUUCAUCUACAUCUAUCCAUCACCAUGUCCUUCGAUAGCAUCCCCAUUCUCGAUCUCUCGCUGGCGAGGGACCCCGCCACCAAGCCACAAUUCCUACUGGAUCUUCGCCACGCCUUGCUGGAGGUCGGCUUUUUAUACAUUAAAAACACGGGGAUCCCGCAGCCACUGAUCGAUGAAGUGAUCGAUCUAGGCAAGAGGUUCUUCACCCUUCCUGACGAGGAGAAGCUCAAAAUCGAGAUGAAGAACGCCCCGUCGUUCCUGGGCUAUAGCAAACUCGGCAUGGAAAUCACUCGCUUCAAGACCGACUGGCGAGAACAGAUCGAUCUAUCCACUCCUCAUCCAAUUCCCGGUCCAGACGAUCCGCUCUAUCGCAACCUACUCGCUCCCAACCAGUGGCCCGCCGAACAGGCUCUGCCCCGCUUUCGCCAGGUCUAUGAGGAUUACAUGGCCCGCAUGGGUGAUAUGUCGAUGGAGUUUACCAGCCUGUGCGCCCAAGCCAUCGGUCUGCCAGCUGACGCCUUUGCCCAAUUUUUCGACGACUCUCAGCAGCACAAGUUGAAGAUUGUCAAGUAUCCGGAUCUCGAGGAGCUCGGCGUCGAGGGCGAGGCUCAAGGUGUGGGCCCCCAUAAGGACAGCAUGUUGACCAGUUAUCUCCUCCAAGCCAGUCACCAUCGUGGCCUGCAGGUGCAGAAUGCAGAGGGCCAAUGGAUCGACUGUCCGCCCUUGGACGGUACUCUAGUCGUGGCCAUUGGCCAGGGCAUGGAAGCUCUCACUCAGGGUGUCUGCCAAUCAACCACCCACCGCGUCCAGAGCCCAGCACGAGGUACUGGCGCCAGAUACAGCAUUCCCUUUUUCCAGGGCGUCAGCUACGAUGCCACUUUCGAGAGCAUGGACGUUCCAGAGCCGGUGAAGCAAUUGCGCGCAGACAUCCUUAAGAAGAGAGGUGGCCAGCGUCUCGACGACAUCGAAUUCACUUUUAUCAAGGGCAUGUGGUCCAGGCUCGGUGAAGCUACCUUGAUGAACCGCAUCAAAAGUCAUCCUGAUGUUGGAGAACGAUGGUAUCCUGAUCUGCUGAAGAAAAUACAUGCCCAGCAGGCUGACGAGGCCGCCAGAGUGCUUGCAGCAGAUACUGCCUCUACCACAUCAAGCCUUCCACCACAGCCCCAGUCCGUUUCCGCACGUUGAUAUUGAGAUCCCUCCAUCUUGUAAUGUCUUUAGUAGCACUUGUUUAGCGAGAUGGCUCAGGUAGAUGAUACUUUAGUCGCAGUUCUUCCGACCAGUCGUUGGCUUCGUCGCUCUGGUUGUCGGACAUGGUGGCUUUGGUUUUGUCGACGUUUACUAUGGCCGGCCGUGACGAGUCAUAGGGGUGCUAGGCGGUGUGGUAGGCAAAAACGGGGGAACAUGGUGAACAAAUCCCAUCCUCAGCGUCUGGGUUGAUUGCGGGCGGUUGCGUUGAAGAUUUGAAGAUUUGGCCACCUUUUAGCGUGUGCUUUUGACGAGGAGACUCUCUUUCAUCUCCUCUCGGCCACUCUCAACUAAGCAGACUCUCUCUCAUAUGCCCUCAGACAAGUAGCCUCACUCUCGUCUCCUCUCAUAUAAGUAGAUUCACUCGCAUCUUAUCCUCA